AUGGAACAUCCGAUUGCCAAUUCAUCAUCAAUUAUUAUGGACACCGAAACUGAUACGGAUUCAUCACAUUUUUCAAACUUACCCACAAGGGAGCCAGUAGAUAUAGAAUUUAGAAAUAUUUCACUGGCAGUGAAAUCAGGGCUACGAAGAGAAUGUAAAGAGAUUCUACAUAAUAUAAGUGGACAAUUCUCGGGAGGUCAAUUGAUUGCAAUUAUGGGACCUUCUGGAGCUGGAAAAUCUACCUUAUUGGAUGUCUUAUCUGGCUAUAAAACAACAGGAGUAGAAGGUUCUAUUUCGCUCAAUAAAAGGCCUCUCGAUUUGUCUGAAUUUCGACGAAUGUCGUGUUACAUAACACAGGACAAUUGCCUGCAAGCACUAUUAACGGUUAAUGAAAAUAUGCGAAUAGCUGCAGAUCUUAAACUGGGUUCAAAUGUGUCCACGGAUAUGAAGAAAACCAGAAUCAAGGAUAUACUAAUGUUGUUGGGAUUAUAUGAACAUGGCCAAACGCGAACCAAAUCUUUAUCGGGUGGCCAAAAAAAGAGGCUUUCAAUUGCUAUGGAACUUGUCAACAACCCAACAGUUAUGUUUUUAGACGAACCGACUACGGGUCUAGACAGCAGUGUGUGUACCAAAGUUUUAGAAUUAUGCAAAAACCUUACAAGGCAUGGCCGUACCAUAGUAUGUACUAUUCAUCAACCAUCUGCUAAACUCUUCCAGAUAUUUGAUCACGUCUAUGUAUUAGCUGGCGGCAACUGUAUUUACCAAGGUGGUACGGAGAUGAUGGUUCACUUUCUUCAUGCUAAUUAUCUAACCUGUCCAAGGUAUCAUAACCCUGCUGAUUUUAUUAUAGAAUUGGCAUGUGGAGAAUACGGUCUGGAUAAAUUGGAUGUAUUAAAGUCAGCUGCAGAAAAUGGCAGCAGCAUAGAUUGGUUCAAUCAGUCUACAAAUACUAUUAGUUGCAGUGACAUUGUGCACAACAAUAGAUUAUUACCAUCGAAAAUGCAGAAAAGUGGCAUGGAGUACACCGGCUUUCUAAACCAAUUGGCGGCACUACUGCGACGAGGUUACAUUAGCUCAAAGCGCAAUACUACUCUAACGCAUCUUCGAAUUUUUGUGAAUGUGAUUGUUGCCAUAAUGUUGGGUGCACUGUACGCUAAUUCUGGAAAAGAAGGUUCGCGAGUGAUGGACAACUAUAAGCUGUUAUUUAGCAUGCUUAUUCAUAAUUCCAUGGUAACGAUGAUGUUAACAGUGCUCACGUUUCCAAUGGAAAUGCCAACAGUUAUAAAGGAGCAUUUUAAUCAAUGGUAUUCUUUGAAAGCCUAUUAUAUGUCGAUAACACUUUUAGAUCUUCCCAUUUCGAUUUUUGGCACUCUUCUCUUUACGAAUAUAAUAUAUUUUUCAAGUGGACAGCCCAUGGAAUGGAAUCGCUACAUGAUGUUCCUUGCCAUUAGUGUAUUGGUCGUAUUAGCUGGCCAAAGUCUGGGUCUUAUGAUUGGUGCCUGGUUUAAUGUAGUCAAUGGGACAUUUGUAGCUCCAGUCGUUACUGUUCCGAUGAUGAUGUUUUCUGGUUUCGGUAUACCCUUACAAGAUCUUCCAUUCUAUUUAAAAUGGGGUACCUACGUAUCACAGCUGCGUUACGGGCUGGAAGGUUAUGUAGGUGCUAUAUAUGGUAACAAUCGAGAAUGUUUGAAUUGCAACGAAGCCCGAUAUUGUCACUAUAAAUAUCCCAAGAAGUUCUUAUCCGACAUAACCAUGGAGGAUGGUCAGUUUUGGAAUGAUGUCAUUGCUUUGAUUUUAAUCAUUAUGGUAUAUAGGAUAGCUGCGUAUGUAAUACUAAGAAGUAAAAUAAAUUCCUUAAAAUAA